GGCUUACGUAACCGCCUCUCCUCUCCCUUCCCUCUCACUGAGGGAAUCUCUCCGCACGUCUCCAGGCUGUAUUGUGUUUACGUUUGUGACGUUAUGUUUUUCAUCCAAGGCCACAGCCGGCGUUUGAUCGCAGAUGGUGGUCAGAAGGCAGAUGAGAACUGUUCAAAGCUGACUCAUAUCAAAGGGCCUCUGCGUCUUUGUAGCGCGGCGUCUGCAACAGGUGACAUUUUGGACCCGGGAACCAUUUAUAACUUUUAACGCUCGCUGUGGGCUGAACUUCCCCUCAACCCAGCAGGUAUGGAGGGGACGGAGGAGUCAGAUGAAAGUCAGUUUCCUCUCGCUUUGUGCUCCGCAGUCUGCUGGCAGGCCGGCGGCGUGAGGACGCUUCAUCCAGAAUCCGAGGUGCAUCUUUUUUAAAGGAUACGGUGAAAUAAUGACACAAAGAUGAGAGUUUUUUCUUUGCAAAGCAGCUGAAAAUGCGAGGUGGCUGAUGUGUGUAGGAGUGGAAUAGGUAAAUAAACACUGAAGACGGAGCAUCAAGGGGCCAUGGGGGACCACCUGUCAGACUGCAGCCCGCUCAUCAGUGCAGCAUCCUCGGGCAAGCUCCGUCUGGUCCGCCUGCUGGUGGAAGGUGGAGCUCAGGUCAACGCGUGCAACCCGAGAGGAGAGACCGCUCUCCUGGCUGCCUGCAGGGCUCUGAGCGGGGAACCAGCCGGGCCCGAGACCGUGAAACUCCUCAGUUACCUGCUUCAGAACAAGGCAGAUCCAAAUGUGCAGGACCGAGCCGGGCGUACCGCUCUGAUGUACGCCUGCAUGGAGCGAGCAGGAGCUCAGGUGGCGUCCACCCUGCUGGCUGCGGGAGCCGACCCCAGCAUGGAGGACCACUCCGGAGCCUCAGCGCUGGUGUACGCCGUCAAUGCACAGCACCAGCCAACACUGAAGGUGCUGAUGGACGCCUGCCAGGCCCGGGGUCGUGACAUCAUCAUCAUCGCUACAGAGAUGGGUGUGAACGGAGGCCCGGUGACCCGGCGUUACCUGAACGUCCCUCCGUCCCCCGACACCUCCCCGGUGUCCUGCAUGUCCCCGUCUGACAUCUUCCUCAGGACGGGCUCGCCCAACUCACCCGAGGGAGAGAACAUCUUCAACUUCAGAGGAACCAGCAACAGAGGAAGUGCCAGCAGCAGCAGCGGCAGCAGCAGCAGACUUCCCUCCUCUGAGCUGAGUCCACCACCCAGACAGAGAGUGUUAUCUGAGCCCUGGCUCACCAUCCACAACCUGGCCUGUCUGAACCAGGCUUACGAGGAGGGUAUGAGUAAGAGGAGCCCGCAGGAUGAGGAGGAGGACGAGGAGGAGGAGGAUUCAGAGAGGGAUGAUGAGGAAGGAGCGGAUGUGGAGCUGCAUUCUCAGCGCAGGGCGGAAGUUCAAAGGAGGGAUGACAGAUAUGGAGGAGAGAAUUACAUCAGCUGCCGUGGGGAUUUUCUUCAGAGGGUUUCUCAGUCCGUCCUGUCCCUGACGGAGAUGAGCUCAUCUCAGGUGACCCCGACAGGACCGGAUCCCAGGAGCUGUGUGACGGCUGGAGGUUCACCAUCAGACCAACGGACCCAGAGACGUGAUUCACUUCCCGCCUGUCUGUCUCCCUCCUCCCACCUCCGCAGGAACACCCUCCCCUCAGUCACCGUGUUCCCUCCUCUGCUCCACCUCCCUCCCUUAGUCAACCGGUCCGACUCCCACCUCCAGGUCCCGACCCAUCGUCCACCUUUCAAAAGCAGGAGCAUGGUGUUUCUGCCCCACCCGCCCAGCUCCUCUCCACCCUCCUCCUCCUCCUCCUCUUCAUCCAAAGCAUCCAUGAGACCGGCGUCACUCCCUCCGCUGCCUCUCGCCUCCUCUGUCACCUCCCUGGUCGCUCCUCCUGCCUCCAGCUGCAGCGAGAGGAGCAGGAGGUCACCGCGACGCCACUCGGCGCAGCUGGAGCAGAUCGGAGGGAGACUGUGAGACUGAGAACCUUCAUCCCUCCAUGAUGAUGAUGAUGAUGAUGUUCAAUCAGCAGCCUGAAUAUGGGCCUGGAGUGUUGUUACCUGAUUCUCACCUGGAGCACAGCCUCUGAACUCCAGCUGUGUGAAGCGUUUCAAAGAUCCCAAUAUGACUUCAGUGUCAUAGCAGACGCUUGUUUUGGAGCAGACAUGUAAAACGAAGAAGUUAAUUCAACAAAUGAACUCAUUUUUCUGACAUUUUGAUACUGAACUCUCAAGAUUCAUUGUUAAACCAUUUCGUCAUUUAACAGAGAAUUCAUCAACAUUUUUGAUGAUCAAAACAUAGAACUAAAAAUUCAGUUUCCAGCUUCUCAAAUUUGAGUAUUUGCAUGUUUUCUUUGUUGUCUUUUUGUGAUUUGGCAGGGUUUUUUUUUUAACAUGAUCGCUGAACCUGUGAUGGGAAUUUUGUUCAGCUAUUUUCUGAAAUUUAACAAAUGACAAGUCAGUCAAGAGGAAAAAAUCAGUAGUUAAAAUAAUAAUGAAAAUAAUUCUUAGGUGCUUCAGGACUGACAGUCUUUGUUGUUCUUUCCCCUUUAAUUUAAAAAAUAAAAUCUUCUUUCAACAGCAAAACAAGCAAACAAACCAAACAGGAUUAUCAGAGAAGAUACAUAUUUUUUGAAUAAUUAGUGCUUAAAUCAAAUAAAUCAAAAGUGACAGUUUGAUCAAGUGAUUCCAGAGUUUUUGUUAUCAGUACCAGCAGAGAAUAGUUUGUUUUUAGAAAAUGGUAAAACUCACCAGUUAUGACAAUAAUUCAGGAAACAUUUUAGAAAAUGUGAACAAACUGGCAAUCGCUAUUUAAAUCCCAAACAAUACUAAUUUUUUGAGCUUUUGUGCAUUUAAAAAAACACUGAUAUUGAUCAUGUAUCUGCUGAUAUACACACACUUUAUGCAUAAUCUCAAAACAAUACUGGCACAUAUCACACAGCAUAUAUACCGAUAUCGAGGCUAUAGAUAUUAUUUGACUGUUUGUUAGUGAGAGAUCUAUUUUAUCACCCUCGUCAGACGUCAGUACACAUUGAAAGAAAAGCAUGUUCAUGGCAAAAGGAGUGAAGUCAUUUUAUUUGUUUUUAAUAUGUAUCUACAACAAGGGGGACACAGGCAAAAACGACUGACAACUUGAUGAAAAUUAAAACAAAACUGAAAAGAAAAAAAAAAUUACAUUUAUUAUCAAUGCAGUUUUCCCACCUUUUUUUUCCAAUAAGCAACAUUUUUUUGUCUAAAGAAACUUUACAAUAUAAAGAAACAUACGAAGAAGGAACCUCUUAUUUUUACUACACGAGACAUUUAGGAUCUGAAACUACCCUAACAUGAGAUACAAAGCAACUCCCCAAGGACAGACUGCCUCAUAUUCAAUACUGCUUUGUCAUCAAGAGGAAAAAAAAAAAAAAAAAAAAUUUAAAAAAUGAGCAAAUCAACAGGAAAAAACCUUUACUCCUCUCAAAAAAAAAAAAAAAAAAAAA